CUCAACGGCACUGUUUCUUAUUGUGUAGUGCAGUGUGACCUUAAGGGCAGAUGAUGUGCGAGUGGUGUUGGUAGAGUCUUGCUUAGUGCAGAAAUGGAAGAUCAAGUGCCAAGCCAGGGUUCCUCUCAAGCUACAGAUGUGAAGAAGGUGCAUCCUAAAUCUGAAACCAAGCGAUAUAGUGAGAUCUUCAGAGAUUUUGAUAAUCUUGAUUUAUCUUUAAUCUCUUCUGCAGGGGAGGAUCUGCUGGCAGACAUUGACUCGCAGCCCAUCCCAGAAUCCAUCACUCCAGACAGUAGGGAACUCGUAGACCAACACAACGUGUCUGGUGAAGAUGCGUUUUGUUCACAGGUACGCUCUGAAGUCAAUAAUGAAGCAGAAGGAAACUCAUCAGCCCAGGAAGCAGACCUGGCACUCUGUCGCUGUGAGGAUGGGGUGGAGACGGCACUGCAGUACGCCAAGUUGUGGUGCCGCUAUGCCAAAGACCUACUUGCCUGGAUGGAGAAAAGAAUCAGCUUGGAACAAGAAUUUGCAAAAAAUGUGAUAAAGACGGCUGAAGGAGCAAGAGCCAACGUGGCACAGCAGGACAUGAUGCCUCUACAGUACAUCUACACGAUGGCACUAGAACAAGACAUCAAGAACAGUGUGAACUCUAGAAAGACUUCUGAACUGCUUCAAAGCCGCUGUUACCAAGCCUUGGCCGCCAAGAAGAAUGAGAUUGACAAGUGGCGCAGAGAGUUUAAGGAGCAAUGGGCAAGAGAACAAAGGAGGAUGCACGAAGCAGUGACCGCUUUUAAAAAGGCUAGGCACCAGUACUUCCAACGCUGUGAUGAGCUAGAAAAAGCUAAAGCUGUCUCUGCUAAAGCUGUGGACGAUACGGCUGGAAUGAAAACACUGGAUAAGAGGAGGAAGUCUAAAGAUGAAGCCAAGAGUAAGGUGUUGGAGGCAGAGCUGCUGUACAAACAGUGUGCGAGUGAUGCCAAGACGCACCAAGACGAGUUAGUGAAGGUCAAAGAGAGAAUUAUUUCCCACAGCCGAAAGCUCAUCUGUCAGGGAGACACUGUGCUCAAGGAGGCCACAGUCAACAUGUUUUACUACCAGCGGCAGCAGACAGAGCCUGUUCCCCUCGGCUACUACAACCUGGAGGUAACAUCCAGGUCCCUAGAACCCGGCGAGCCCUACCUGCUCUACAUCCGCAGCAAGCGUCGCCUCGAGCAACCUCUCCAAGUCUUCAACUUUCAGGAGUAUGUUCCUCAGGGCAAAGGGAACAAACGAAAAACCAGCAAUACUUUCAGCUCUAUGCAAGACUUUUCCCCUAUGGCAGAUGAAAGCCCUUACAGAAGACUCAGCGAUGGCCGGAAAAUGGGGUACAGUGAUAGUGAGAAUAUCGGAGGCAGUUUGGAAUCUCUGUCCAGCCCUGCUAACAUUAACAGAAGGAAAACCGCAUCCACUUUGACAGUGUCAUCUGACGACCUGGACGAACGGGAUGCGUUGGAAACAGACAAUGAUUGUCAGCCGAUCAAAGUGCGCACAUUUUCACGAGCUGCAAUGACACACCGACUCAAGAAGAUGAAGAGCAAGAUGGCCAAAUGCAAGCAGUGCGACAACUACAUUGUUGUCAGUGGGGUCGAAUGUGAGGAGUGCGGGGUGGCUUUGCACAGGAAGUGCAUGGAGGUGUGUCAGCUAGAGUGUGAGCACAGGAAGGGAACGGUGUUCGGAGUUGACCUCUCAGUGCUACAGCGUGACAGGCCAGACGAGGUGCCCUUUGUGGUGCUGCGCUGCACAUCUGAGAUUGAGAGUCGCGCUCUCUCGGUCCAGGGGGUGUAUCGUGUAAGUGGGUCCAAGCCUCGCAUCCAGAAGCUCUGUCAGGCCUUUGAGAUGCAAAAGGAACAGGUGGAUCUCUCUGACCUCUCACCGCAUGACAUCACUUCCAUCCUUAAGCACUUCUUCAAGGAGUUGCCAGAGCCCUUACUAACCUUUGACCUGUACAACGACCUCAUGGCUGUGGGAAAGACCAUUCAGCUGCUGGGCGAAAGGCAGCUGACACCAGACACUAAGGAGAUAGAGGACAUCAUUCACAGCCUCCAAAAGCUACUACAGAAACUUCCUUUGUAUUGCUAUAGCACUUUGCAGCAUUUGAUAUCUCACCUGCAAAAAGUUUCAGAAAACUACGAGAACAAGAUGUCCCCUAGCAAUUUGGGUAUUGUGUUCGGGCCAACACUGUUGCGCCCUCUUGUGUCCACGGACAUGUCAAUGAUUGCCCUGCUGGAGUCCACCUACCAGGCUUUGCUUGUUGAGUUCCUCAUCACACACCAUGACACAGUUUUUGGCCUUCAGCGGAGACCCAGUACGCCCCCUCCCCCAGUCCCAACUGUGCCUCUUCCAGACACCCCUCCCAGAGCUUCCUGUCCCUUGGAUAGGGACGUUUACACCGGUCCGGAGCAUGAAAACUCCUCCAGUGUGCGGCCUCGCUCACUUGAAAGUCGAACAAUCAAGAGAGAUUCAAGCGAGGGUUAUAUAUCUGACAAGUCUUCAUCCAAUGAGGCAGUGGACCAGCUGAGCCUUGAAGCCAAUGAGAGAGCAGUCCUGGCUAUAAGAGGGGUAUCGACUGGUCAUCAUGGUGAGCCGGUGGGAGGGCCAGACUCUGAUCUGGGGACUCAACCACGCUAUCGCUUCACCAGACAACCUGUGAAGUAUCACCGGCAUCAUAACCCAGGAACCCGACUCCCCAACCCAGGUCGUGCAGCCAGACAGCCUGCAGCCCCGGUGAGGAGCCGUCCAGGGAGUGCCGACAGCAGCCGCAGCUCCUCUCCAGAGCCUGGGACGCAGAGACUUUCCCAAGACUUAGAUGUCCGCUGUAAGAACACCCACCAGCCCCACCAGCCCCUCCAGCCCCACCACUCCACCAUUGCCGCAGAGAGUAAAGGGGAUGCACCGCUAAGCCCCCGCGAUGUUGCGCAGUACAUGCUGGGACUGGACUCAUCACUUACAUCACCUGCAACUGUGACAUCAUCCAGUACAACACAAGAGUACUCUCAGGGGGAGGCAGCUGGGUGUCAAGCUGAUUUGAACAGAAAUAUGUCCAAUAACAGACAGAGUGCUGGACAGAGUCGGGCUCUGUGUCACUCACCGAGGACAUUUCCUAUUGACCACAACCUGACCGCACCAGCGCAGAAGAUCCUGUCCGGUCUGAAACUGAGACGCAGCCACUCGGGGAAAGACGAGCAGCUCUUUGUCUGAGAAAGAAAUCCUCAGCGGGUUCACUGGAAUACAUUCACAUGCACACUGGAGAUCCUUUAUAUCACUUUUAUUGUGUGCACUAUUAUUGUGUGCAAUGACUGCAACCACUAUCAACAUUCAUGUAGUUAUCAAGAAUAAAAUACUCCCGUAUUUUACGCACAAAUUUCUCCCCUUUAACAUAAAAUUUAACUGUCUUCAAAGAGUUACCUAGAUGGCGGUUCAGUUACCGAAAAUGUUGUAAACUGAGAUUUGAAUCUCUCUUUAAGGGAACCCAGUUGAAAAGGUUAGGUCUGCUGCUUACCAGGAUGCCACAACCUUAUUUACCACUAAUCUUCUCUAAGAUUUUGAUCUGUUGAACAUCCAGGUGACUAAUACCCACGAGGACGGAAGAGGUUCAUGUAUUUAUCACUUUUUCAUAUUUCUAGUGCAUUUGAAUGUAACAAGCAGGUGGUUUGAGACUAUAGCUUAAAAGAUGCAAAAUAGCACAUGUGUAUCAAGUUCUUCUACAUUUUGUCCCAAACAAACAAGACUGAAAAUCUGCAAAAAACUAAUUCAAGCCAGAGUUUGUUUUCUGUUUGCACUUUUUAAUGUUUUAUAGGCUCCAGAUAAAAGAAACAACAACUUUGUAGUACAUACACAAAGAUAUGAUCUAUUUUGUGUCAUUGUUAAGUUAUCUCAACAGAUAACAGAAUGAACAGAAUGAUUAUUUUUUUAGUUUCAUGCACCUUUCCUGUUUUGACACAAGGGGGCGGUAUUCUCCCAGUGUGAGGGGAGAACAUACCAGACACAAUAGUGGAAAGGCAAUAAACCAUUUAUUUCUAAUUACAA